CAAUUCUCGCAUCAUUUAUCCAUCAAAGUCUUCUACUUCAUCUUUUUUUGUGACUAAAUAGGAUCACCAAGAAAAUGGCGCCUUUCUGUUUCACUGCAAUCCUCUGCUCUUUGGUUUACUCCUUGGCGUUUCUCAAAUUAACCUCUGGAGCAGGUCAUUCACUUUUCAACAACCAAACCCUUGCUAUUGGCCACACUUUGGUUUCUGAGACCCAAGUUUUUGAGCUCGGGUUUUUCCGCCCUGGAAAAUCAGCGAAUUUGUUCUUAGGGAUAUGGUACAAAGCCAUACCUGAUACAGUAGUUUGGGUUGCAAACAGAAACAAUCCCAUCACUGAUUCACAAGGAGUCGUCUUCGCCGUUGCUGGAAACGGCAGUCUCCUUAUAAGCAGAGAUGGAAGCAUUAUCUGGUCGGCGAAUCCAUCGACGGCGGCAUCGCGUCCAGCUGUACGCCUCCUAGAAACUGGAAACCUAGUUGUUGUGGACGAGGCGACGGAGGAAGGCUUCUACUUAUGGCAGAGUUUUGAUUUCCCCACUGACACGUGGCUAUCAGGGAUGAAGAUGGUAGAUGACCUUGAUGCCGGCGUUAGCACGAACUUGACAUCAUGGAGAAAUUGGGAUGAUCCUUCGCCCGGAGAUUUCUUCGCGAAGAUCGAGAGCCAUGCCAUGGGUGAGAUGGUGAUGUACAGAGGCACAAGGAAGAGAUUUCGAACUGGAAAGUGGAAUGGCAUUUAUUUCAACGGUAUGCCUCGCUUCCGCAGUACUGUCCCCGCAACUGAAUUGAUCUUCAAAGAAGAGCGGUUGAUAUCUAUCAAAAUGCCUUAUCAAAGCUCAAUUAUCGUACGAGCAACAUUAGACGUAUCUGGCUCAAUCCUCCACUAUAUUAUGAAUCCAGGGAAGGAUAGGUGGAAUCCUGUGUACCCGUUUCCACGAGACGAAUGCGACGAGUAUGCUUACUGCGGUCCCAACGCCAUCUGCGCGGUUGAGAAGGCACAGAGAUGCGACUGUUUCAAAGGAUUUUCCCCCAAGUUUAGGAAGGAAUGGGAGCUUCAAGACUGGUCUAAUGGAUGUGGUAGAGUUAGGGCGUUGAAUUGCGAGAGUGGAGAUGGCUUUGUAGAGGUUAGAGGGGUGAAGUAUCCUGAUAUGCUGAGAUACUGGUUGAAUACUAGCAUGAGCCUUGAGCAGUGCAAAGCUGAGUGCUUGAAAAACUGUAGCUGCACCGCCUAUGCUCAUCCAUACAUAAGUAAUGGAGGCAGAGGCUGCUUGAUGUGGUAUGGGGAUCUCCUUGAUGCCAGAGAGCUUCCUGCAACACAUGUUCUGCAUAAAAUCUAUAUUCGCCUACCACUUUCAGAACUAGAUUUUAACUCCAAUUUGGAGACGAAGAAAGCGCCAACAAAUUUAAUACUAAUAUCAAUUGCUACUGGAGUAAUUGUCUCGAGUUUUAUCAAUGGAGGUUUACUUAUACUGACAAGAAGGAAUAAGCGAGCACUAAAGAGGAAUAACGAGGAUAUAGAAUUGCCUUUGAUCAAAAUGGCAGCUAUUCUAGAAGCAACAAACAAUUUCUCCAAAGAGAACAUGCUAGGAGUAGGAGGUUUUGGUCCUGUUUAUAAGCAGGGCAAUCUGUCAGAAGGAGAAGAAGUCGCAGUCAAAAGAUUGUCAAAAACUUCUGGGCAGGGACUUCAAGAGUUCAAGAAUGAAGUCGUGUUGAUUGCUAAGCUUCAACAUAGAAACCUCGUCAGGCUUCUUGGAUGUUGCAUUGAAGAAGAGGAAAUGAUGCUAAUAUAUGAAUACUUACAGAAUAAGAGCUUGGAUAAUUUUGUUUUUGAUCAAGAUCGAAGGAAACUUUUGACAUGGCCUAAGCGCUUUGACAUUAUCAUGGGAAUCGCAAAGGGACUGCUUUAUCUCCACCAUGAUUCCAGGCUCAAGAUUAUCCACCGGGAUCUCAAAACAAGUAACAUUUUACUAGAUGCAAGUUUAAAUCCAAAAAUAUCAGACUUUGGCUUAGCAAGAACGUUUGAAGAGGAUCAAUGUCUAUCUAGAACAAAGAGAGUUGUUGGAACGUAUGGCUAUAUGGCUCCAGAAUAUGCAUUUCAUGGGAAAUUCUCUGUGAAGUCUGACAUCUAUAGUCUUGGAGUGGUACUGCUAGAGAUAAUAAGUGGGAAAAAGAUAAGAGGAUUUCAGCACAACGAUCAUCAUCAUAGCCUCCUAGGCCAUGUAUUCCUCUUCCUACAAAUGUUUGUUGAUAAUUGUCAUAUGAAAAAGUGUGUUUCAGAGUAUAAACUUAUCCAGUGGAAAUUGUGGCAGGCAUGGAUGCUAUGGAAAGAGAAGAGGAUUAUGGAAAUGAUGGACGAAUGUUUGAUGGCAACAUGUGUUGAAUCCCAAGUGACGAGAUGCAUACAUGUGGGGUUAUUAUGUGUUCAAAAUUUCGCAGAAGAUAGACCAAUCAUGCCAUCAGUGGUUUUAAUGUUAGCAAGUGAUGGAGCACUCCUGCCUGAACCUAAUGAGCCGGGAUAUUACAUUGAAGGGAGUUGUAGCCCUUCACGAAGCUCUAAAUCGCCUUGUAUUAAGUCCGAGAAUGGCACACUUACCUUUACCGACUUGGAGGCCAGAUAGAGAUUGCUACUUAAUUGCUCUAAUGUAUUUGAGUUCCUAGAUCAGCCACCUGGUUGGUUGGAACUUCUAUGUUUAUGUUCAAAUUGAGAGUUGUAUAAUUUGUAGUAGAUGUAAGAUAAAUGCUUGUUCACUUACAAAAGUUCAAGUCCAUGUUAAAAGCAUCCAUUGGUUUUGAUCUGCA